GGUUGUUGUUUCUGUAUUUUUUUUGUGCGUGCACUGCUUCUUUUAUUUCUUUUCGCGUAUUCCUUGCAUGCCCGCCGCUCAAAGGCCGAUAAUCGACUGCCGUUGCGGCAACGGCGGUGACUCCUCGCGUAUUAGACGACUGCUUGCCGUGGCCGUCACCGAAGGACGACGCUAGCUCAGAAGCGAGUGAGUCGCGAUGGCUGACGGACGCUGGAUUUUCGCCGCCCUGCUGCUCGCCGUCUCAGCUGGCCUCGCGUUGGCGGUGUUCGACGUCGUUGAACACCAGAAAUGCGGAGGCGAGUUCUCGCAGAUCCGGAUUGAGCCCUGCCCACAACUGCCGUGCCAUUUCAAGAAGGGCAAGCCACUCAAGCUUGAAGUUGACUUUGUCGCCGCCGAGAGUUUCCAAAAGCUGGAGAUGAAGCUCCGAGGCGAGCUGAGCAACAAGGUGUGGCUGCCAUUCCCUGGCUUCCGCAAGAAUGCCUGCAAGAACAGCGGCCUCACAUGCCCAUUGGAAGUCGGCAAACCUUACACGCUGAAGUCCACGCUGAAUGUCCUCUCCAGCUUUCCUUCGGUGGACGCCAACGUGGAAUGGAGCAUGAAGGGGGACAACAAGACCAUUUUCUGUUUCCUUGUGCCUGUCAAAGUUGUCGAAUAAAGAUUAUACACUUUUCA